GGUGCCCUGCGACUCCACAAACGCGGAGCCUUCUGGGAAAUGAAGUCUUUCUUUUUUUUCUCCAAAGAGCUUGCCGCUCCCCUGAUCCAGGCCCUUGCGAGGCCUUUGGAGGGACAUGAACCUAGAUGUGGAGCAGGAAUUUGAGGGUGUGACCUAUCUGAUGCGGCGCGGGCCUUUGAGGAUCUCUGAGUGGAAAGUGUACUAAAACGCUAUCGUCACGCGUUUCAUUUGCGGCGACAGUCCCCCUCGGGUGGGCCUGAUUUGUUCCUGACCCUAGCAGACAAACCCCAGGACGGGGCGGUGCCGGAAUGGGGGAGCGCCCCGAGGCCAGGCUGCCGGACGUGGGGGCAAACUGAAGAAAGAGUGUUGAGGAGGGUGUUCAGAGUUCAAAGGUCAGAGGUCAGUGUAGCAGGGAGGGGGCGCGAACGUAAGAAGGGUGCUAACUCAGGUAGGGACUGAAUUCUCACGGGACAGAUUUGUGGGUAAGGGGUUUGGCGGGAGGAGAAGCAAGGUGCCGGGCGUAGUGCCAGGGGACGUGGGGAAACUUGAGAAGAGAAAGGGGAAAGAAGUACCCUGAAUAUCCAUUUCCAGACUUCAGGCCCAUCACUCUCAGUCAUUUAGCGGAGCCCCCACCAGUUGCAACCCCGGCUGUCCUCAGGGUGAGGAGAUGACUUCUCCCUCUAGACAGCCCCCCCUCGGGGGAUCAGGACUGCUUCAAGGGAGCCGGGCUCGUUCUUAUGGAAGCCUGGUGCAAUCAGCCUGCUCCCCAGUGAGGGAAAGACGCCUGGAGCAUCAGUUGGAGCCCGGAGACACUCUGGCUGGAGUAGCACUCAAAUACGGGGUGACGAUGGAACAGAUUAAGCGUGCAAACCGUCUUUAUACUAAUGACUCCAUCUUCCUGAAGAAAACCCUCUACAUCCCCAUCCUGACAGAGCCCAGAGACUUGUUCAAUGGUUUGGAUUCUGAGGAAGAGAAAGAUGGAGAGGAAGAGGUACGCCCAAGUAAGGAUGAAGUUCGGCCACACUCAGCUGAGAGAAAGAAACAGGAGACAGGUUCAGGACGUGCCAAUGGUAAAGUCCUCUCUGCACCUGGCCAAGAACCCCCCACACCCAUCCACGACCUCUCUGCCUCUGAUUUCCUUAAGAAGCUUGACUCACAGAUCAGCCUGUCAAAGAAGGCUGCUGCUCAGAAGCUGAAAAAAGGGGAAAGCGGGGUACCAGGGGAGGAUGCAGGUCACCACCUGAGCUCCCCUCGGAUGCAGCAACGAGCAGUCCUAGGUCCUGUGCCAUUGACACGUACAUCUCGGACCCGGACACUACGGGACCAGGAGGAUGAAAUCUUCAAACUCUGAUGUCCCCAGAACUGAUUGUGAGAAGCAAGAUGUUGAAGGAACAACUUGAGGGGGAGAGGAGCCCGAGGUGAGGCUCAAGAACAUGGCUUCCCAGCCCGCCUCCCUCUACUCUAGCCAUCUUCCCCAGCCUCCUUCUCUGCCAAGGAUUCCUUGGCCUGGGGCAGUUUUAUUGGCAAGAGUAGGGGAUGGGCACUAGACCCCUUCCCAAUUCUUAGGCUGAAUCUAGAGUUGUCCUUUAGAUUCAAAAGUCUCUUUUUGCAUCCCUGCUGCCUUUUGUACCCCUUUCACCAUUCCCUGGCGUUAGAGCAGGGAAGCAGAGAUUCCCCCUCAACUUCCUCCUCGUCUCCAACUACGUUAUCUAAUUUAUUUGGUGCUAUAUUGAACUAAUAUUUAUUUGCUGUAUCCUAUUCCUUCCUACUCUUAGCUGGCAAAUGGGAUGUCUGUAGCCCUGGGAUGAGGGGAGCCCUGGAACAGUGAGCCAGUGACUACUGGUUCCUCACCUUCCCCACCUCCUCAGCCAAGCACCUUACUGAGCAGCAAUCAGUGAUCCAGCCCCACCGUAGAGAAUAGCAGACUGUGCCAGGCCUUUUCCUCAAUCUCGAAGUAAAGGAUUUGGGCUCAGGCUUGACUAACCAAUUCCCUAUGACUUUUCCACAACUCUUGCCCUGAGAGAAGUAGCCUUGUGGGAUCUGACCUCUCCUUUCCAACAGUUCACCCUUCCGGCCUGUUCCUCUGCUCGGCCUGUGGUGGGGCUAAGGGAUGGAAGAAUUUCCCUGCGGUUUGAAGAAGACAGCUGAGCAAAUCUCUUUGUUAUACUCUCUCCCCACCAGAGCCUGUCUGUCUAUGCCUUGCUCCUCACUGUGUAUUUAUUUGCAGUUUGUAGCACUGAUAUGCGGUACAGGUUUUUUUUGUUUCUUAAACAGAAGUAGGCAAGAAACCUCAAUGAUACUGGAAAUAUGCCUCAAUCUCCUGUAUGGAGAUGGUGAGAGGUGAGAUGAGUGGUGUUUAUAUAUCUCCUUUUCUCUGUGAUGAUCAUAAGGUAUAAGAAGCUGGAGAGAUUAAACAUUGAGCCC